GGGAGUUGAGGGGGGAUGUUAAGCAAUAGGAGGAGGAUGAGGGGAUGGGGGAUAAGGAAUGAGGGAAAGAGGAGGCGAAAGGAAUGAAGAGGGAGGAACACUAUAUAUAUGAGAGAAGCCUGAACAUGAGACACGGAGGCUGAGACUUGAGUGGGAAGGAGGAUGAGACACACACACACACAACACAUUUCAUGCAUAUGGCAUUUUUUACAUAUACCACAUUGGCACAACUGGCACAACUGGUGGUUACUGGAUUACAACUCAUGGAGGAAGGACAUGAAAGACAGCAUUUAGCAUCAUUUUCCCAUUCUUACACACACUGGCGAUUUUGCAUUCAAAGUCAUUUUACUUACCUAUUCUUGGUUAUGGAAACGGUUUAUGGGACUUGGUUUGAGUGGAAGAAGGAGGAAGGGUAGAACUAGUAUCUGAUUACCUUUGCGAACACGAGGAGAGAUGAGAGAGAGCUUCGGAAUGGAACGGAACGGAAAGGUAAGGUAGCUUAGUCUAGAAGCUGGUAUGAGUGUAGAUGAAGAGAAAAGAUACUAGAAGCAUGCCUCAAACUGAGCAAUCAACGGCUUGGCUGCCUCAAUGCUAUUACCGCC